AUGACGCAGACCGCCGUCAUCUACGAAGCUAAUUGGGAAAAGCUCCAAGUGCGUAAGGACUGGCCUGUCGUCCAGCCUAAGGACCUCAAGCCUGGGGAAGUUCUUGUCCGCAUUGCAUACACGGGCGUCUGCCACUCGGACAUUUCGGUCUGGCAAGGCGAAGGACCUCCUCUCUCCAAGCAGUUCCCAAUGGUGGGUGGCCACGAAGGAACUGGUCACAUUGCUGCGAUCGGAGACCAUACUCGCACCUGCCUUCGAAUCGGCGACGCCGUGGGGGUCAAGUGGCUCGCACACACUUGCUUAGGCUGCGAAGACUGUCGAAAAGGGCACGAGACAACGUGCGCGUCUGCGGAAGUGCACGGCUUGACGCGCCACGGAACGUUCCAGCAAUGGUGCGUGACUUUUGCUGACCAUGUCACACCUAUCCCUGCGACCCUCGACUUGGCUUCAGCUGCUCCAAUCAUGUGUGCUGGCUUGACUGUAUACAAAGCUUUGAAGCAAAUUCGUGGCUCCCCAGGCGAGACUGUCGUGAUCCCUGGCGCAGGCGGAGGGUUGGGGCACUUGGCGUGUCAGUAUGCUCGAGCCAUGGGCUACAAGGUCGUAGCUAUUGACUCGGGCAAAGAUAAACGUGCGCUGGUCCAGUCGUAUGGAGUCAAGCACUUUAUCGACUACACCACACAAGACGUGGUCGAGCAGGUUCGAGCAGCUACGAGCGGUCAAGGUGCUCAUGCUGUUGUUGUGGUUGCUGGGUCAACGGAGGCGUACAAGGACGCCCUCCUGUUCCUCCGUCCUCGGGGGACGCUAGUUGCAGUGGGUGUUCCUAAAGAUGCUGCGAUCGAGGCCCCAUUGAGUCUCAUGAUUUCGCUCGAGCUCCGUAUCGUUGGCUCGUACGUUGCUAGUCGCCAGGACGCGAUCGAGGCAGUGAACCUCGUUGCAGACGAACAGGUUCGACCCAAGUUCACACUGGAUCAACUAGUGAAUCUGCCGGACGUGUUUCAACGGAUGCAAGCUGGCCAAGCGCGCACACGCGUCGUGUUGGACUGCAGGUAA